UCCCAUUCCCACCCAAGCAAGCAAGACCCGCGCGUUCACACCUGAACGACCGACCCUCCGCUGCGACGGUCGGGCCCGCCGCCGUAGCCGACUCGCGGUUCGCUUCCCCCGGCCCGCCGCCGGCGCAGCAGCAGGAGAGAUGAACUGGGGGCUGGCCGCCGCCGUGGCGUCCGCCGCUGCCGUCGCGGCCGCGUCCGGCGCCGAGCUCCUCGCCUGCGACUGCGACGCCUCCGCGCCGCCGGCCGUCGGGAGGUGCGACGGCCUGCUCCUCUCGCGGCAGCACCACGACGAGGAGGUCCGGGAGGGGUCGGCGUCGUCAGCGUCGAGGGAGAAGCAUAGCGGCGGAGGCGGCAACAGGUUCGCGCCGCGCUUCGACGGGCUGCGCUUCAUCGAGACUCUCGUCACGGCGCACCGCUGAAAAAACGACGCAUCGUCCGCUGGUACUUCCCGCCAUGAUUCGGCGAUCGAUUGUUGGUGGCGCUUAGGCCAGCCAGUUUUGUUAGACCAGAUUCUCGGGAUUCCCUUUCCCUUUCUCCUUCGGUUGUGUUUUCUUCCUCCUGUUGUUGAUGACGACGAUUACUGUGUCCAUCACGUGCGUUUGCGUGCGUGUAUGACUGUGUGUGUGUGUGUUUGAGAGAGAGGAUGAAGACCAUAAGCGGCAUGUAAAUUUAAGCACAUACUCUUAAUACUAUGUUCCAUAAUUAUCCAUCA